AUGGCUAGCCUCAAGCUCAUACUGGAUGUCAACGAGGACCAUACUGAGUCUCAUCACAUCAAUAAAAAGGACGUCGUCUCGGACCAUCCAGUCAACACGGGCCAUCCCCAUGGACCACCUCCCCAUACUCAACUACCACCACUACCACUGACAACGUUACCACCUAUCACGCUCCCGAGAUAUGACAGUAGCUCGGGACCAUCCAUCCAACCGAGAGAUAUCAGCCUAGCUGUUGCCUCUUCUCAGACCAAGAACCAAGGCACUAGCUGGGGAUUCAAAGACGUCAACCCUGCUGCAUCUUCGAUUCCACUAGCUGUUCAUACCAGGUCCACGAUGCGUCGUCGUAGCACAGCGAGCAAUGACUCGGCGGAUCAUACGGGGUAUGGAUCUGCCUCAACAUCAUCAAUGGGCAGCAACUACCACCAGUCGAACACGCCAUUGAGGCCAAUGCCUUCACAACCCCAUACUCCCGAGCUUCCCAUGAGGCUCACGCCCAUCACCGGCCGGGUGAGCAGAGCAAAGAAAGGCAUACCGGUUCAUGUUUGCGACAUCUGCGUUUCACCGGCCGGACUUGCUGGCUCGACAUCAGCAGAGACAGAGACGGCAAGCGUGACAAUCCUGGUCCACCCUCUCCACCGAUCGGAUUUGUACCAUCACGGUCGGGCCAAAGACCAUCUGGCGGGCUAUCACCAGUCUCUUCCGCUCCUCGCGGAAAGGUACUACCCAAUGAUAGAGUACCAGGAAUGCAGCCAGAGCCAGGUUAUGCCGGAGCCCAAGAUCCGUAUCACUACCCCCCUGGGCUUCAAUACAACCCGGCUGUAUCGUCCCCGGACAUCGAUUGGCCGCCUCAACCACCUAGGACACUGCCGCUACAGCCAAGAGUGGAAAUACCCAUUACGGACGUACCUACCUCAGACUCAUGGCGUCAUUCUCCUUCGACAACGACCACCUCAAGCUAUUCAACAACUCCAGUAUCUGGUACGGAGAUAUGGACAGAAAGAUGCGUUGUUGGACUCCUCGUAUGGUAUGCCGGGUGCCCCAUUCCCUUUGGAGGACAUCGGCAUGUUUGACGCUAUGAGAGCUGGGCUUGAGGGUAGUGCCGAUCCCAGCUACAGCAACGACGGUGUUGGUUAUGAGAACGGCAACUUGAUUACAUUGGGUUUGCCGAUAAGUAAUGGGUGUGGGUUCCCCGGGGCCACUCUUCCUAUGUCACUGAUGAAUCCACUCCACGACGCUAUUCCGCAGUAUCUUGCGGUGUACUGGGAGAGAGUUCACCCCGUGCUCCCAAUAGUUCAUCGAGCUUCCUUCGAAAACGCGCCUGAAGAGGUGCUGCGGUAUGCUAUGGCUGCGGUGGCGACUCAGCUUCUCGAUGACGAAGAAGAUCGUGUCAAGGGCAGCCAGUUGCAUGAUUUUGCUUGGAGGGAGGUAAAGAAAAUACUUCAGUGGAAUAUCCAAAUCAUGCAGGCAGUUUUUCUCUGCGAAUACUUCGCCCGAUUCCGCGGACAGAGUGCCGUUAUACGACCCUCGAGGUUGUUUGAAGAACUCUACAAGAGGCCUCAGCUUGAGGUCAGCGAACAGACGUACUUACAGGGUGCUUUCAACCCACAGGUCUUGUACCAUAACCCAACUAUGCUCGAUUAUACUGCCUCUCCUUCGGAUCAACAAUUAUCGAUUUACGCCUCCUGGAACAACUGGGUCGAUGCAGAGGCACGUCGCCGUCUCUUGGCAGCAUGCUUUUUCCUCGAUGGACACGCCGCUAUCUAUCAGCAGCAGCCGCAAGCAGGCCAGUCUUCAGUGGACUCGGAACUGACACGCCCACCCAUUCCUCUUAUGGGCUCCAGCUUGAGGCUUUGGGAGGCUUCUUCAGCAGCUUCAUGGGCGAAGAUCCUUGCGGAAGACCCUUCGGCUGGCGUCCCAGUUUUUGUACCCUCGCCAGAGACCAUUACACCCGACUUCGUUUCAAGACAGAUGAGCAUCGAUCGGAUGAUCAUUCUUGUGGCUGAAUAUCUGCGAAUCCCAUGCAGGCAGGGCUUGACCGCACCAUCUGCCUCGGCUCGAAAGUCCUCAAUGAGCGAAGUCGAUCCCCAGUUGCAUUAUAUGAAUAGCCAGUUCAGUCCUGUUCAGCAGGAAUCACCUUGCUUCCAGCCCGACUUCUUGCAUCCCCCACAUUCAAGAACUCGCGGUUCGCUUGACGUAGAGACACGUCUUAGCAGCCUUUUCCCCGGUUGUCCUAUCGCCAAUACCUACCUCGCACUGCAUCAUACCCCGCUUCGCGAUCUUCUUGCUGUCAGCGGCGAGUCGUGGUUGUUCACCAAGAAAGUCUUGCCAGCCGCAGCAUUUUCCAUUCACCUAAGGCGCCUGAAAGCCUGGGCAGAGAACCAUCACUAUCGUCAAGGCUACGGUAAUACCAACGUACCUACCGAUAUGGUCGACCUUAGUGUGGUCAAGGCAACCAUGUAUGCCGCCCGCUCGAUUGUGCAGUUCCUAAGUCCCGUUUCUCCUGGUGUCUCCCGGUAUGCGCCAGUCGAAGGUGCGGCAACAGAAGACCGAUCAUCACUCUGGGGAAAGGAUAUCUCCGACUACUGGGCUCUGUACGUUUGCGCCUUGAUAUUCUGGGCUUUCGGCCACAAAGCCCGGUCGGUCCCUGCGAUUGGCUCUACGAUCAUCGUUGCCACAGACGUUCAGCACCAGCAGCAGCAGCACCAUUCGGCUAAGCGUCAGCGAACGGGCAAUAACAGGGCUAGUCCUACCUCAAGGCACGGAAGCUCGGCGGCAGCCGAUCAGCAUGCUAUGACUUGGCUGCGCAUGCUGGCUGCGGACAACGUCACCGAGGAAGAUAUCAUCCGGGCGAGGGGCCGUCGUGAGUCGAUGAGUGUUGUCUCACUGGUGCGCCGUCGACUGGAGAGUGACUGCAUUGGGGGCAGGAACAGGCUUUAUGUGGAGGCUGUCGGGGUACUCAGGAGGCUAGAGGAGGAUGGCGAAAGAAAUGAUAAACCUUGGUUUUAA